AUGCGCCACGCCUGCCCCUUGCUUGCCGGCCGCGCUAGGCCCGCCGGCCCCGCUCGCACCAGUUACUGCUGUUGCCCUGCUCGCGUCGUCGCAGCGCCCCCGCGCCCAAACCCUGUGCUGUGGCUCGCCAUUGGCCUCGCCCCGGCCUCCAGUAGCCCUCAUUGCACCCUCAGGCCUGCUCUGGCCGCGCCUCGCACGAGGCCGCACCCUGCCGAGUCACCUGUGCCCCUGCCCUGCAUCGCCACCGCACCGCUCGCCCCGUCGCCGGCCCCUCCCGAUGGCCGUCCUCGCUCGCCGACCGCCUCCUGCGCCGGCGCUCGCCUCCCACUGAUGCCCGCAUCCGCCUGA